GCUUCCAUGUGUGAAAGCUACUUGGCAUGAAUGCCUGGGCCGUACCAAGUGUCACCGCAGCAAGAGGGGGAGGCAGAAGAAAAACAGAUCAGACCAGAGCAGACAAUAGGCCCCUAAAGUCUUCCCCCUAAGUUGCUUUGAUGUUGUCCUAGUGUCUUGAUACCAGGAGGCCAGGGAUUGCAGGAAAAGGGUCUUUUUUGUCUUCAUUCACUUUCCCCCCUCAGUUUGUGACAUGAUUCUCCAGAAUUUCUCCUCAUAAAAAAGGACUGAAUGUGGGGCUAGCUGGUGUCACUCUACUUUGACCUAAUAACUCCCUUCUGUUUGGGAGGCAGAGAUCAUUCUUGGAAAGUUCUUCUGUGUCCCAAUGUAGAAGAGAGAGCAGAUUGGACAUCCUGAAAGGUGAGGGCACCUUUGAGAAAGGGGUUCCUGGACUCCUCCCACUCCUCACCUCCAGGAUGAGCACUGCAGUAUCGUGACCCUUGGGGUUUUGUGUGCCCUGGAGAUGCGAGAUUUUCCUUUGGCAGCAGGAGGCACACACCCAGAGAAUGCUGGAGCUGCAAGGGGAAAGGACCCACUUCCACAGCAGAGAAAAACAAAGAGGAAAAAGGCAUACAGGUGGCCAGCGCUAAGGGACGCACCCAACAAGCAGCGGGCCGCUACCACUGCCCUGAGCAGCUGCUUCUGUUGCUGCCCGAGAGGAACUCGGUGAGCCCAUCCCUGUUUGUGACUGCAAGCUCAGGAUUUCAAUCAAUGCAUUCCAGUAACCCUAAAGUGAGGAACUCCCCGUCAGGAAACACACAGAGUAGCCCUAAGUCAAAGCAGGAGGUGAUGGUCCGUCCUCCUACAGUGAUGUCCCCAUCUGGAAACCCCCAGCUGGAUUCCAAAUUCUCCAAUCAGGGUAAACAGGGGGGCUCAGCCAGCCAAUCCCAGCCAUCCCCCUGUGACUCCAGGAGUGGGGGCCAUACCCCUAAAGCACUCCCCGGCCCAGGUGGGAGCAUGGGGCUGAAGAAUGGGGCUGGAAAUGGUGCCAAGGGCAAGGGGAAAAGGGAGCGAAGUAUUUCCGCCGACUCCUUUGAUCAGAGAGAUCCUGGGACUCCAAACGAUGACUCUGACAUUAAAGAAUGUAAUUCUGCUGACCACAUAAAGUCCCAGGAUUCCCAGCACACACCACACUCGAUGACCCCAUCCAAUGCUCCAGCCCCCAGGUCUUCCACCCCCUCCCAUGGCCAGACUACUGCCCCAGAGCCCACACCUGCUCAGAAGACUCCCGCCAAAGUGGUGUAUGUGUUUUCUACUGAGAUGGCCAAUAAAGCCGCAGAAGCUGUGUUGAAAGGCCAGGUUGAAACUAUCGUCUCUUUCCACAUCCAGAACAUCUCUAACAGCAAGACAGAACGAAGCACAGCCCCUCUGAACACACAGAUAUCUGCCCUUCGGAAUGAUCCGAAAACCCUCCCACAACAGCCCCCAGCUCCAGCCAGCCAGGACCAGAAUUCUUCCCAGAAUACCAGACUGCAGCCGACUCCACCCAUUCCGGCACCAGCACCCAAGCCUGCUGCACCCCCACGUCCCCUGGACCGGGAUAGUCCUGGUGUAGAAAACAAACUGAUCCCUUCUGUAGGCAGUCCUGCCAGCUCUACUCCACUGCCCCCAGACGGUACCGGGCCAAACUCGACACCCAAUAACCGAGCAGUGACCCCUGUGUCCCAAGGGAGCAAUAGCUCUUCAGCAGAUCCCAAAGCCCCUCCGCCUCCUCCAGUGUCCAGUGGAGAGCCCCCCACGCUGGGAGAGAACCCCGACGGGCUGUCUCAGGAGCAGCUGGAGCACCGGGAGCGCUCCUUACAAACGCUCCGAGACAUCCAACGGAUGCUUUUCCCCGAUGAGAAAGAAUUCACAGGAGGACAAAGUGGGGGACCCCAGCAGAACACUGGGGUAUUAGAUGGACCUCAGAAAAAACCAGAAGGGCCAAUACAGGCCAUGAUGGCUCAAUCCCAAAGCCUAGGGAAGGGACCUGGGCCCCGGACAGAUGUGGGAGCUCCAUUUGGCCCUCAAGGACAUAGAGAUGUGCCCUUUUCUCCAGAUGAAAUGGUUCCACCUUCCAUGAACUCCCAGUCUGGGCCCAUGGGACCUGACCACUUGGACCAUAUGACCCCCGAGCAGAUAGCUUGGCUGAAACUGCAGCAGGAGUUCUAUGAGGAAAAGAGGAGGAAGCAGGAGCAAGUGGUCGUGCAGCAGUGCUCCCUCCAGGACAUGAUGGUCCAUCAGCAUGGGCCUCGGGGCGUGGUCCGAGGGCCUCCUCCUCCAUAUCAGAUGGCCCCAAGCGAAGGCUGGGGGCCAGGGGGCGCGGAGCCCUUUGCCGAUGGGAUCAACAUGCCCCACUCUCUGCCCCCAAGGGGCAUGGCUCCCCAUCCCAACAUGCCAGGGAGCCAGAUGCGCCUCCCUGGAUUUGCAGGAAUGAUAAACUCAGAAAUGGAGGGGCCGAAUGUCCCCAACCCAGCAUCUAGACCAGGUCUUUCUGGAGUCAGUUGGCCAGACGAUGUGCCAAAAAUCACAGAUGGUCGAAACUUCCCACCUGGCCAGGGUGUCUUCAGUGGUCCAGGCCGAGGGGAACGCUUCCCAAACCCCCAAGGAUUGUCCGAAGAGAUGUUUCAACAGCAGCUGGCAGAGAAGCAGCUGGGUCUCCCCCCGGGGAUGAGCAUGGAAAGCAGCAGGCCCAGCAUGGAGAUGAAUAGAAUGAUCCCAGGCUCCCAGCGACACAUGGAGCCUGGGAGUAAUCCCAUUUUCCCUCGAAUACCCGUUGAGGGCCCUCUGAGUCCCUCCAGGGGUGACUUUCCGAAAGGAAUGCCCCCACAGAUGGGCCCUGGUCGGGAACUUGAGUUUGGGAUGGUUCCUAGUGGGAUGAAGGGAGAUGUCAGUCUAAACGUCAGCAUGGGAUCCAACCCUCAGAUGAUACCUCAGAAGAUGAGAGAGGCUGGGGCAGGCCCUGAGGAGAUGAUGAAAUUACGCCCAGGUGGCGCAGACCUGCUGCCCACUCAGCAGAAGAUGGUGCCCCUGCCAUUUGGUGAGCACCCCCAGCAAGAGUACGGCAUGGGCCCUAGACCAUUCCUUCCCAUGUCUCAGGGUCCAGGCAGCAACAGUGGCUUGCGGAAUCUCAGAGAACCACUUGGGCCCGACCAAAGGACUAACAGCCGGCUCAGUCAUAUGCCACCACUACCUCUCAACCCUUCCAGUAACCCCACUAGCCUCAACACAGCUCCUCCAGUUCAGCGUGGCCUGGGGCGGAAGCCCUUGGAUAUAUCUGUGGCAGGCAGCCAGGUACAUUCCCCAGGCAUUAACCCUCUGAAAUCUCCCACGAUGCGCCAAGUCCAGUCACCAAUGCUGGGCUCACCCUCGGGGAACCUCAAGUCCCCCCAGACUCCAUCGCAGCUGGCAGGCAUGCUGGCGGGCCCAGCUGCUGCUGCUUCCAUUAAGUCCCCCCCUGUCUUGGGGUCUGCUGCUGCUUCGCCUGUUCACCUCAAGUCUCCAUCACUUCCUGCCCCGUCACCUGGAUGGACCUCCUCUCCAAAACCUCCCCUUCAGAGUCCCGGGAUCCCUCCAAACCAUAAAGCACCCCUCACCAUGGCCUCCCCAGCCAUGCUGGGCAGUGUAGAGUCAGGCGGCCCCCCACCCCCCACAGCCAGCCAGUCUGCCUCCGUGAACAUCCCUGGAAGUCUUCCCUCUAGUACACCUUACACCAUGCCUCCAGAGCCAACCCUUUCCCAGAACCCGCUGUCUAUUAUGAUGUCUCGAAUGUCCAAGUUUGCAAUGCCCAGUUCUACCCCUUUAUACCACGACGCCAUCAAGACUGUGGCCAGCUCCGAUGACGACUCCCCUCCAGCACGUUCUCCCAACUUGCCAUCAAUGAAUAAUAUGCCAGACCCAGAUCUGCAGGAGGUCAUCCGACCCGGAGCCACUGGAAUACCGGAGUUUGAUCUGUCUCGCAUUAUUCCAUCUGAGAAGCCCAGCCAGACACUGCAGUAUUUCCCUCGAGGGGAAGUCCCAGGCCGUAAACAGCCCCAGGGCCCCGGACCUGGGUUUUCGCACAUGCAGGGGAUGAUGGGUGAACAAGCACCCAGAAUGGGACUGGCGUUACCUGGCAUGGGAGGUCCAGGGCCAGUGGGAACUCCGGAUAUCCCCCUCGGGACAGCCCCAUCCAUGCCAGGCCACAACCCAAUGAGACCACCAGCCUUUCUCCAGCAAGGCAUGAUGGGACCGCACCAUCGGAUGAUGUCACCAGCACAAUCUACAAUGCCUGGCCAGCCCACCCUGAUGAGCAACCCAGCUGCUGCCGUGGGCAUGAUUCCUGGCAAGGAUCGGGGGCCUGCUGGGCUCUACACCCACCCUGGGCCCGUGGGCUCUCCAGGCAUGAUGAUGUCCAUGCAGGGCAUGAUGGGACCCCAACAGAACAUCAUGAUCCCCCCACAGAUGAGGCCCCGGGGCAUGGCCGCUGACGUGGGCAUGGGUGGAUUUAGCCAAGGACCUGGCAACCCAGGAAACAUGAUGUUUUAAGCUGCUAAGAUUGGAUGUGCCGAUCCUUGUCAAGAUGAGAUUCCAGGUCCUGCGAGCUGCUUUGAGGGAGUUCCAGGAACACCGUUGGUCAUGCAAUAGGAGAACAGAGACCCGAGGGCUGCUUUGGGGGAGGGGGGAACUUGAGAAUGUAUGGAUUUACCUGAAAACAAAUGAUUCAUUUAAUCAACAGGUGUGUUUUUUUUAAGAUUUAUUUUUUAAAAAUUAUUUUUGUGGACUUGGGUAUCCUGUGAUGGCACCUACUUUUGGGAAUCUGUAGCUGUGCUUUGAGAAUUGCCAUCGGUCAUGUGUUGCACCGUUCUCUGUAUGUUUACGUCCUUUGGACUGGCUUCUCCCAGGAUUCUUUUCUGGUUUUGUUUUUUGCUUUGGGCUUUAUUUUUUUGUGUACUGUACUAUAUUGUAAAAGGGAUUUUAGCAGAGACUUUAGUCUUUGGGACAAGAGGAGAACAGGAAUGCUGGGCUGUUUACUUUAGGUGGAGAAUCCAUCUUCAGACCUUUGGACUAUUUUCUUUCAACUCCAGUGUAUAGAAAAAAAAAAAAAACCAAACUACGACCUCAGAGCAGAGUAUUAAUGAAAAGCACAAAAAAAGGAACUAAGUUCAGCGAGGGGUGGGGGGAGGGGGGAGAUUUUUCUUUUUAAAAAUAAUGAAACUUAGGACGUUUGUUUUUCAGUUCGAGUGCUCUCCGCACUUGUCUGUCUCUCCCAGUCUGCAAACCCACCUUCACAUUUUUCUCUCUUCCCUCCCUCUCCCUCUCCCCUUGGUUGAGUGUUUCCUUCCCCCCACAGCCUGCCCGCCACCGAGGACGACCUCUGCUUUCCUCUUCUUUCCCUUUGGCAGCUGCAAUACCCGGUGUUUCUUGGGGGAAGUAAAUCUAAGGAAGCCUCGCCUUCCAGGCCAGGUGUCGCCCAGGCCCGGCUCCGGCUCCGGCUCCGGCUCCGGGAGGGAAAGGCCUGUGUUUGGGAUGCUCGGUGGGCUGCUUUUCCCUUCUCUUCCCCAACACGCCCUCCCUUCCCCACCUUGUUUUCUGUUCUCCUUUUAUUAGGAAUUCCCAAGUGAAUUUUAUCAAUGUGGGAGUGGAACAGAUGCUAAAAGCUAUCCAGGAUUUUGUUUUUGUUUUUAAUUUUGUGGUUCCUCCCUUCCCUCCCCUCCCAUGCGUAAAACGUUCUGUGUAACCUCCAUUAAAUUUGGUACAAAACCACUCACCAGAGCUGUGGUGUCAGAAAAAUAAAAUAUAUUGUUUCUUACAAAA